UAUGCCGACGUGGUAGCUCACUAAAGCUCACCCUAAAUUUGAUAACUGCUGGACGUAUGUGCUGUAUUGGCUUGAGCCCUGCUAUCUGAUAGCCGAGUUGGUGGUGUCCGCUAACGGUGCAUGUUCAAAGCGUGCGUGCGUCGUCCGCGAUGUGAAGCGAGCUUGUCCACCAUCUUGGAGUGGCGAGUGUCAUUGUUCCGCACGGCCCGCACAUUCUUGUUGCGGCGCACAUAUCGAUUUCUAUCUCGAGGUUGCGCUGAAAUUGCGCAUUUAGGUCGCAAGCGCCGAGUUGCCGCUGAGUUUGCGCAACAACUGACGCAAUGCCGAAGCUGUACGUGGGCAGCCUGCCCGAGGGGUGCGAUGUGGCUUCUCUCGAGGCCCUGUUCGCGAAGUAUGGCAAGGUGGAGGAGUGCGACAUUGUCAAGAACUAUGCCUUCGUGCACAUGAACUCCGAGGAAGAGUCCAAGGUGGCCAUCGAUGCACUGCACAAUUCAGAGUUCAUGGGUGGCAAGAUCACUGUCGAGGCUUCCCACAGUAAGGUGCGACCAAAGCCAGGCAUGGGUGGUCGUGGUCAGUGCUACCGUUGUGGCCGCCAGGGUCACUGGUCAAAGGAAUGCCCACGAAACCCGAACGCGCGCUUUGGCUCCGCGAUGCCCAUGAUGCCCCCUGGUGGUGGCCCAUUGGCGCGCUACCCUGGUGUUGGAGGCCCUGAGCGGCUGGGCUACGGCUCUGGUGGCCCCGACCGGUUCCUGGACCGGGGUGGGGCCUACAGUGACAGGGGCUUUGGGGCUGCGCCCGGCUAUGGCGACCGCAUGCGACCCUAUCCAGAUCCGUAUGAGCGCCGGGCUGCUCCGCCACCGCCCCCGUCAGCCGCUCGUGACGACUUCUACUACUACCGCCGACCAUAUGAUGACUUUGGAAGCAGCUACUAUGGCUCUCAGGAUGGUCCAAGCCAGAGCUAUGGCAACGGCUACAGGUUCUGGCCGACGGCUCCCAGCGAGUGGACAGGCCCGCAGGACUUGUCCGCUAAGGUGGUGGUGGUGGUGCUCUGGUAUGUGUUGCACGUGCCUUCUCUUGCAGGUUUGCCAGCCAGUUUCCCGCAGCAGCGGGCGGUCGUCGUCCGUGUGUGCGUUAAUAAAAGCCGUUCACGCCAGCCUGUGUCGUGUGUGUUGACCGCAUUGCAGCGCCCGUCUGCUCUGGCCUUCCCGGUUUCGGCGUGCGACCGUGAGUUGGCCGUUCUUCGCAACCGCCUCCUUUGCCUUCACGGUAUCGACUGGCAGGGCCGUACACGCGCCGCGUGGAGUGGCUCGUGCAAGCUGGGUUGGAAGCCGUUGCCGCCUUCGACGUGUGGUCCGGGUGCUUCACAUUCGCGUGGGAAUACGGCUGCCUACUCCUUUUGACAAGCGGCUCGUCUU